GGAUACACUCGCUCACACACUUAUACACACAUAUGCUGUGUUUUAAGUAUUUUCUACACAUAGAUGUACUUCACUGCUCUGUAGAAUUGUUCGAGUACCGAAUGAAAAUCAGAAAAAAAAUGUCUAGAAAUGAAAUAUACAGACAUAAAUUGAAGGCGGCGCGGUUUGGCUGCGCUGCAGAGCGCGCGCGUGCGUCUGUCUCUCGCGCUCCAGUCAUUGUUACAAAUUGUCGCACCUAGACGGCGACAUAGAGCUCGAGUCUGCUAAAAAACAACAACAUUUCAGCCUCUUUUCCUCCUGGCCAAAAUGCCUGAGCACGUUUGAGUGACCAUGGAGCGCGUUUGCCGUCAUGUAGUAAACCGUUGACACACGGAGGAUUUAUCUCGGAGGAAUGAAAGUUUAAAGAGCACUGAAGGAGGACAACAUGGCUGUGCGGGAGGAAGGAGAUGUUUUGCACAGUAAAAUCAGACAGCACGAUGGUGUUGUUGGCAAUGCAAACAGCGCGGAGAGCUUCAGGAACGGCUAUGUGAAGAGCUGCGUCACUCCGUUGAAACAAGACCAUCCGAGGGGCUUUUUAUUCAACGUCUGUAGGUUUUGCAAUGAGGAUAUCCUCAAGUCCAAACUAUUCCGCGGCUCGGCUCUCUACGUGGGAGCGCUGGCAGUCCUGGCGCUCUCCUGCUUCGUUUCUAGGAGCUUUCAGAGUGAGCACGGCGUCUCGGAGCUGCGGACUUUCCUCUUUGAUUUCUCCCAGUCCAUCAGUCCUUUAUUCAGCAUCGGCUGCGCGUAUUUCUUCCUCACCCUCUACCUGAGGCGGACGAAGAGGGAAAGCAGCAGAUGCUGGCUUUUGUCCUUACCAGCAUCAUGCUACUUGGGGGAUUUGAUGGUCUUGCGCUUGUUGCAGUGGGGAGAGGAGCACCAUCAGAUGCAAAUGAUGGGCAGGUUGCUGUUUGUGCUGGGCUGCGUGGGUCUGCUCACUCUCAUCCCCACUCUCAAACUCAAGCACAGCGUCCUGAUCCUGGUCUUCGCCAGCCUGGUGUGGCUGCUGUCCUUCACCAGCCUCGGCUGCCUGUCUCCGUCCCUCAGGCCGGUGCUGGCGUGUAUGGCCGGGGUCUCCGGCACUCUGCUGGCGCUCUGUUUUGAUCACUAUUACCCACCGAGGGAGACGGCCGGCAGGAUUCCUAACGCCGAGGAGAAAGUUCCCGUCAUCAGACCCAGGAGAAGGUCCAGCUGUGUUUCUCUGGGAGAGACGUCCAGCAGUUAUUAUGGCAGUUGUAAGAUGCCCCGCAGACCUUCUCUGCCCUGUAUAUCCAGAGAACAGAUGAUCCUGUGGGACUGGGACCUGAAACAAUGGUACAAGCCACAAUAUCAGGGUGCAGUGAGUGGGAAUGGUGUGGAUCUCUCUGUGAUAAACGAGGCCAGGAACCUGGUCUCAGACCUGCUGAUGGACCCGUCUCUCUCACCUCACGUCCUCUCGUCACUGCGCAGCGUCAGCAGCCUCAUGGGAGCUUUCUCUGGGUCCUGUCGGCCCCGGGUCAACCCCUUCACCCCCUUCCCCGGCUUCUACCCCUGUGCUGAGAUAGACGACCCCUCAGAGAGAGGAGAGAGAAAGCCACUCAAGGGUCUGAGCAGCAGGAACAGUCUCCCUACCCCUCAGCUAAGGCGCAGUUCUGCCUCUUCCUCUCUGCCCCCACUGGAGCCUGCCUCUUCACGCUGGGAACGCACCAAUGGCAAGAGAUCUCACUCUGAGCUCAGCAGCCAGAGUUGUGUUUCUAAUGGGCCGAACAGCAACUUGCUGACUAUUCCUAAACAGAGAUCCUCCUCCGUCACCCUCUCCUAUGGCCACACUGUACCCAGAAGACCAGGUGCCUCUCCCAGCCUAAGUCCUGUCAGCUCCCCGAGUCACAGUCCCCCCGCUGCUCCCGGCUCCUCUCUAGUCACGCGCUCUCCAGUGGAGUUCCCCGACACUGCUGAUUUUCUCACCAAGCCCAGCGUCAACCUGCACAAACCGCUGGGCUACACGCUGAGCUCACCUGAUUUCCAACAGCAGUAUCGAGGUCCCUCCUCGGCCUCCAUGUGCACCAGUUGUGGCCGACAGAUGCUGAAAGGUGUGGCCAGUGUGGAGGUGGGUGAGGGCCACCACACAACAACCAAUGAGAUGAGAACACGCUCAGCUGAAACAGCAGAGUAUGGUGGGGAAAACUUGAUCCGAGAGGAGAGCUUGGAGGCAGAGUCUCAGGAGGAGAGGACUCCAGACACAGCGGGGGAAAAACUAAAUAGCCAGCCCGAGGAAGAGGAACAGACCUCCAGUACGGAGCAGUCCUCUUUGGAUCCUGAGGGAGAUGAGGAGUUCAGGUUGGACUCUAUGCUGGUGGAGCAUGAAGAACUCAUGGAAAAGAUCAACACCUGGAACUUCCAGAUCUUCGAGCUGAUGGACAUGACGGGAGGAAAGACUGGCAGGAUUCUCAGCUAUGUGGCGUACACUUUGUUCCAGGACACGGGUCUGUUCGAAAUCUUCAAAAUCCCUGUGCGGGAAUUCAUGACGUACUUUUGCGCUCUGGAGAACGGCUAUCGUGAUAUCCCCUAUCACAACCGUGUCCAUGCCACUGACGUCCUUCAUGCAGUGUGGUAUCUCACCACCCGGCCAAUCCCAGGCUUUCAGCAGAUCCAUAACGAGCAUGUCACGGGAAGUGAUACAGAUUCGGACAGUGGAAUUUCCCCAGGCAGGGUGGCAUACGCCACGUCCAAAAGUUCCUCAUUCUCGGAUGACAGUUAUGGCUGUCUGGCCUGGAAUAUCCCUGCGCUGGAACUCAUGGCACUAUAUGUAGCAGCUGCUAUGCAUGACUAUGAUCACCCUGGUCGCACAAAUGCCUUUCUUGUAGCCACUAACGCUCCUCAGGCGGUGUUGUAUAACGACCGUUCAGUUUUGGAGAACCACCAUGCAGCCUCUGCCUGGAGCCUGUUUCUUUCCCAGCCAGAAUUCAACUUCCUGUGCAGUUUGGACCACGUUGAGUUUAAGCGUUUUCGGUUUCUAGUCAUCGAGGCCAUCCUCGCAACAGACCUGAAGAAGCACUUUGACUUUCUAGCAGAGUUUAAUUCCAAGGUUAAUGAUGUGAAUAGUCCAGGCAUCGACUGGACUAAUGAAAAUGACAGGUUGUUAGUGUGCCAAGUGUGCAUUAAGCUGGCAGAUAUCAAUGGGCCGGCCAAAGACCGCAGCCUUCACCUCAAAUGGACAGAGGGUAUCGUCAAUGAGUUUUAUGAGCAGGGUGAUGAAGAAGCCACUCUAGGAUUACCCAUCAGUCCUUUCAUGGAUCGCUCAGCACCACAGUUAGCGAAGCUGCAGGAGUCUUUUAUCACACACAUCGUCGGACCUCUUUGUAACUCCUAUGAUGCUGCCGGCCUGCUGCCGGGAUACUGGAUGGACGAGGAGGGCUCCGACGACGAAGAAGAGACGGAAGACAUCGAAACGGAAGAUGAAGAGCUAGACGAGGAUCUUGAACCAAAGAGGAGGAAGGGUCGGCGCCGGUUGUUCUGCAGCAUCAUGCAGCACUUAACAGAGAACCACAAGGUGUGGAAGAAGACCAUCGAAGAAGAGGAGAAGGCCAAAGAGCUGGAGACUCAGCAGCAGCAACAGCAGCAGCAAUCCGAGAGCCCCAGCCUUCCUCCGUCCACCUCCUCCUCCGACGACAUCCAGGUCAUUCAAGAGGAGGCAGAGGAGGAGGAACGGCAGUAGCAAGAGGAGAAGGUCAUAAAAUGAAGGGGCUUAAGCAGAGGUGAACGACUCCUCCCUCUCCUUCACCUACACAAACACACAUUGACACCCUGAGGAAGACCCUAGCGGAUCUCCCCACGCUGAAAUUCGUCACUGUGCCGACACUCUGAAGCUAAUGCAGUUCACAUUGUGUUGAAAAAAGGCCUUACUACUGUGAGAGGACCCUUUGGUGGGAACCCCACUCCUAUGCACUUUCACCCCAUGGAGAAUCAGCGGAGAGCUUGGAAGACAAAGUGUUGUGAGAUUAAAACAAGACAGAAGAACGCAGGCAGGGGAGAAUUGUGCCAUCCUGGCUGUGACGCUGCCUUGAACGUAGAGCUCUUAACUCUCCCGUAGGUACUUAAGUCCAAAAGGACACGAAAAAAAGAGACUAUGACGUAAUUGACACCCGUUACCAAAGCGAACAGUUCAAAAACAUAGAAAGACUGCGACCGAAGCCGUUUCAGGCUCAGCGUCAGGAAGCAUAACUCAAAAUGUGCCUGUCUGAACUUUACAAAAAAAAAUCUAUAUAUAUAUAUAAAAUAUUGUUUGUUUUUAUUUUUCUUGUGGUCCAGAAAAUGGGCUAUGUACGCUGCACUGUGUGUGCAGUCCCCAAUUCAUGCUGGCGACAUAAAACACUGUAUUACUGAACAGAGUCAUUAGGACGAGUGGAAAUGCUGACAUUUUGACUGAAAAAUGACCUGACUUCUGCAUCGUUUUGGAUGCUUUUUAUUCAUGUUGAUCACCUUCUUGCAGUUUUUCGUUUGCCUUUGUUGUUUGUAAGGUUGUUUUUUUUUCUUUUUUCUUUUUCGUUUGUGGUGUCCUCCCCCCCUCUUUCCUCUUCAGGAACGCUGAGUUGCCAAUCGUCGAAACUUCUCUGUAAAGUCCGUCUGUGUUUAAAAGCAUAGCAAACGGGACAGGAAUGCUGUUCAAAUGAAGGGACGUUUCUCCUUUUUUACGUUUAAAUAGAUAUAUUUUUUCACGGUUACUCAGGAUUCAUGUGAAGGAUCGAUCCUUGUUUUUUGCGAAAAUUUAAUUCUGCAAUUUCAACUUGCACGUCGAACGUUCUUUUCAGAGGCGGGACAAAAAAAGUUUCUAUUUUUUGUAUGAAUAACUUGAAAGUUGCGAGAUGCUCCCCCAAAGUGCAGUGUCCUAGACAUUAACCCCCGUCCUUAUCAGCUGCUCCAGACCAGUAUGUCCAUGUUUAUUUUUUGUCAAAGACCCCCUGAUAAGAAUUGGGACCCGGGAAUGUUACUGAAACAGCAUGCAUGUAUUCUAAACAUUCACGUUUGGCAUUAUUUGAACAUGCUUGUACUUCUUGCCAAACGCAAAAUCUGGCCAGUUCAUUGUCAAGUAAUCCAGGGUUUCACCUCAAAAGCUGUAUGUUUUUUUUUUUUGUUUUUUUUUUUUUUUUCGUAUUUUCUUAUUCUUCACCAUAAGGCAGGUUUAAUACUAAUAGUUCUCUAUUUUUUUGUCUGAAGCAAGAACUCUAGGCAUUCCACUAGAAUAUAACGAGGGGAGGACGGGGAGGUGGAGACGAACCCGGGUCUCCGGGUCUCUUUCUCUCUCUCUCUCUCGGUCUGCCUCACCUCAAGAAAAACUCAUUUUGUCUCUGUAGAGGAAAGUUCUCAAGUAGGCAGUGUAAAUCAAGCUAGUAUAUUUAAGAGUAAAAAAAAAAAGAUAUAAAUGUGCACAUUUUACUACCAAACAAGUGUUUAACCUCUGCACAGAAAGAAUACUUGCAUAUAUAAAUAUAUAUAUUAUAUUAUAUAUUUUUUAAUUAAUCAACAAUGCGUCUGUUUUCUACAUACGGCUGACAUAUAUUGUACAUUGAGACCAUGUAAUUAUCAUCUUGUUUCAGGAGUUUUUAAAAAAUCUAAUGCUAUUUACAGAUGUGGAUGUGUUUGGGUGUUGUGUUUUUCAGUUUGUUAGUUUAUUUUAUUUUAUUUUAUUUUUUUUUUGGGUGCACUGUCUUUUGUUCCUGCCCAUAACCACUCUUUGCCGAAAGCCCCUAAUUUCUAAAGCUGGUGGCGAUGCCGGAUGCCUCCCUGUCUCUGUCUCCCUUUGUGGGUUUGUUCAUUAGUCACUUUUUUGGCCUGUGCUCAGGGUGUGUUCUGUGUUGGGGGCUUGUGCGCACCCAAAGCAGCUUGUGGUGCUUUUUCUCUCUCUCUCUCUCUCUCUCUCUCUCUCUCGUUUCUGUCCAGACUGUGUGUUCAUCAAUUCUUGGAUCCGGGACUCCAGUGUGGCUCAGUUCGUCCCCCCACCUCCCGUCCACUUCACUGAGCUCACCCCCGGCUGAGCUCGAACCCACGCAUUCUGAACAUCAUUCAGGUUGCCAAGCAAGGGUGACGGCGGAUCAGAGCGUCACGGCGCCCCCAUCCCCUCGUGCUGACCACUCGCUCGACUGUGGUAUCUCACUUUUGGGGGUUUGUCGCACCACAGUAACCUCCGACGUUCCUGUCAUCGGUAUCUUUACGAUGGCAUUCACUUUUUUAUGUAGCAUUUAGAUAGCAAUGUCUGAUGUAACCAUUCAGCCUUUUCAGGGUUGUGGGGGAGAAUUGACUUUUUUUGUUAUUAUUUAUAGCUGUCAUAAAAGCACCAUCCCUGAACAAUA